AUGAGUUCUGCUUUGCAAGUGAUAUCUGCGACAAUACUCAAUGUAGAAUUCAUGACUGGGAAUUUGGGGAAUGGAUUCAUAGCAGUGGUGAACAUCAUGGACUGGGUCAAGAGAAGAAAGAUCUCUUCAGUGGAUCAGAUCCUCAGUGCUCUGGCCAUCUCCAGGAUCACUCUUCUGUGGUCACUCUACAUUAUGGUAUCAAUAUUUUCAUUGUACCCAGAUGUAGAAGUGCUUAUGAAAACAGUAAGACUGAAUAAUCUUAUCUGGGUAAUUUCUAACCAUUUUAGCAUCUGGCUAUCCACCAUUCUCAGCAUCCUUUAUUUUCUCAAGAUAGCCAAUUUUUCUAACUCUAUUUUCCUUUACCUAAGGUGGAGACUUACAAAGGUGGUUUCAGUGGUAUUGCUGGUUUCCCUGUUCCUCUUAUUUCUAAAUAUUUUAGAGGAAGAAAUACAAAUAGAUAUGUGGAUGGAUCAGUUCAAAGCAAAUUUAUCUUACAGCUACAAAUUAAAGGAUUUUACACAGAUUCCCAAGAUACUUGCAUUAACAAACACUAUGUUUUCAUUAAUACCUUUCACUAUGUCCAUGACAAUGUUUUUUCUGCUUAUCUUCUCCCUGUGGAAACAUCUGAAGAAGAUAAAGUACAUUGCCAAAAGCUCCAGAGAUGUCAGCAUCACAGUUCACAUCAAAGUCUUGAAAACUGUGGUUGCCUUCCUCCUGCUGUAUGUUAUUUUCACUUUUACUCUUUUUGUACACAUUUGGAGUUAUGAGUUUGAAGAAAAAUUAUUUUUCAAAUAUUUUUGUCCUGUUGGUGUUAUUGCCUUCCCAUCACUCCAUUCAUGUGUCCUGAUUCUGGGAAACAGUAAGCUCAGGCAGACCUCUCUUCUGGUACUGUCAGUGUUAAGGUGCAAGAUUCAAGGAUGUGGACCCUUGGGUCUCUGA